AUGAGCGUCGUUCAGGUCCCCAGCUCACCUCCCGAACUUUCCCGUUCCAAGUCUUCCAAGUCCUCUUCUUUUCGUUCUUCGAGUCAAUUCUCCGUCACUGACGGGUAUUUUGGCGAGCUCUCCCAUUUCGAAGAAAUCGGAUUAGACGACGAUUCGCUUUCGCCCUCUCAGGACCUCCAUUCCGACGUCAUUGCGCCUUUAGAACGCUUUACUACGACAAAGCGUGCUUCCUUUGGCAAGUCCAUGGCUACAGCAACACGAACCAUUACCCCCGUUCACGGUCCGCUCAAGGAAAUAACAUCGGCCGGCCCUCGGGGCCCCGCAGCUACGAAUGGCGUCGUUAGAACAAACACGUUUGGCGGCCCGGUGAAUGGUGGAAGUCGAACACCGAGAGGGUUGGUAAGCGCCUCGACGCCUUCGUUGAUGAGCAGCGCUACCCUUCGAAAUCGGUCGCCCUCGCCCGCACCAAGCGGUGCCAAUGGGUACUUUGCGCCGACCUCAUCAGACAAUCGCACAUUGCGGCCUUCAAGCAGUCAGCGUUCCUCGUCGCCCGGGCCGACGCCGUCUGCUCGCCGGGGUUCCUGGCAGAUGAACAGAAAGACGAUAGAGGAGCUGGAAGAAGAAUACCAUGAUUCGGACGAGGACGUGCCAGAUGAUGCUGUUUUCUGGAACGUGCCAAUUUCUCCUCGGCCACUCCAGGAGCGGAGCAUUUCUGCAGCCGUAUCGCCAGGUACUAGCCCCCCAAAAGACGACUCGGCUUUGAGCCAGAACGGAACCGCACCCACCUCGCCCGCAAAGCCGCCUCUACCUCGAGCAGCGACAAUGGGCUCUAUUCCGGAGCCAAUGCCCUUUUCCCGACCGCGAAUCAAGUCUUGGACGGCAGCUUUAUCGGACCUUUCCGAGGAAGCAAAGACCCUGACGGUAAAGCUUGAAGCCCGCGCCGAGGAAGAAGAACGAGAGCAUGAGCAACAGAUUCAGAAUGGUGCCGUCGCGCCUCAGCCUAGAUUUUUAGAUACACGAUCCAAGUCGUCUGCGGCCAUUGAACUCCCACCCUUGCGAAAGGGAGAUGUCAUGAUCGAUCCCUUGCCCAUUAGUCGAGAAAAGGAGAAGGUGCUGUCUCGCACGAGACCCAGCUGGCUGCCUCCAAAAUCGGCAAAAGAGGAGCGCAAACACCUUAGAGAAUAUCAACACAUGAUGGCCAUGGCUCUUGAAGCUGAAAAGAAACGUGCUGCCAAGGAACAGGAAUAUCAGAACCACCGCGACGCGAUGAAAACGUCGCUUCUUCGCAUUUGGGACCAACAUGUUCUGCCGAACUGGGAGACAGCGGUUCGAGAACCCAGGACACGGGAACUAUGGUGGCGCGGCAUUGCGCCACGGAACCGGGGAGUGGUUUGGCAAAAGGCUGUCGGAAACGAGCUUGAAUUGACGGACAACAGUUAUUCUGCAGCGCUUAAAAGGGCCAAGGAAUUAGAAAAGUUAUUUCAUACGGGCAAAGACACUGAAGGGAAGGUGUCUCGCGAGGAGGAGUGGUUUGAGGCCAUUCGAAGGGAUGCAAGGGAUACGUUUCCUGAGCUUCAGAUUUUCCAACCACAGGGUCCUUUACAUGAGUCUCUGGUAGACGUGUUAAUGGCAUACGCCGUGUACAGACCCGACCUUGGAUAUAUUUAUGGCACUCAUCGUAUUGCCGGAGUGCUCCUCCUCAACCUAUCACCGUCAGAGUCCUUUCGAACUCUGGCAAAUCUCCUCAAUCGUCCCCUUCCACUGGCCUUCUUGACUCGAGACGAAAGCGCCGUUCAUCGCGCUUACGACAUUACCCUUCGAGCCCUACAAUACAAACUCCCACGACUCUACGAUCAUCUGUGCAACCACUUGAUGCUUCACCCAGAUGCAUUUAUUGAACCCCUGUUCACUACUCUUUUUACCCGGUGUGUCCCUCUCGACAUCGUCACGCGCAUCUGGGACGUGUACGUUUUUGAAGGCGACAAGUUUCUCGUUCGAACUGCCGUGGCGCUGCUGGCCAAGCUCGAAAGCAAACUGUAUGGAAAUCGCGGCGAAGUGCUCAAGGAGAUUGGCUGGUCCAGCACCACAACGUGGGAUCUUGGCCGCGAAGACGAUUUUAUGAUGAGCGUCCGGAGCGCUGGAAAAGAAGAAGUCAAGCGUGCUUCGUCAUGA